AAGAAUAGGCGAGGGAAACGGCUUGGACAACCUUAAGAGACAAGUGGAGACCACGAACUAUAUUAAAAUGAUUUCAAAUAUUCAAUUUUGCUGUUUAUCUGUCCUUGUACUUCUGAAUUUGGUAGGAGCCAAACCCGUGUCCAAUUUACAGAGCCUGAAGGAGCUUCUGGAGGAGAGUAAUGUACCGUAUUAUGGGUCGGAGGAGAGCGAGGUGGAUGAUAAAGACUUGAAUACAGAGAAGGAAGCUUUCACCGGGGAAGUGGUCCAACCUUGGCUCACCGAAGACCGUUCCGCGCUUACAGGAAAGGAGAACGCAGUUGCGCGCCUUCUGAGUGACAUUAUGACAACACCCAAGCGUUCGUGGGGCCGGUUUAAGAAGGGUGGAAUGAGAAGCUGCUUCGGAGUUAGACUAGAGCGAAUUGGGUCAUUCAGCGGACUUGGAUGCUAAAGGUUUUAUUGGCUGUUAAUCAGAGAAAGAAACAACGCUUAGGCUACUAUACAGUAACUCUUCAACAUGGAUGAACCUGUUCAAAUCAGAAAUUGACUGAGAGUUUACAAUGUUGUUUGUGAUGUAUGUAUGUGAUGUAGAUGUAUGUAUAUUUGUGGGUUGCAUUUGGCUUAAUUAAUGUUCAUAAUUGUUAACUUAUUAAUUGUAGCACCUCUUUAUUUAUUUAUUUAUUUAUUUGUCUAUUUGUUUGUAAGAAAGUAAUGUCCAAAUUUGCAAUAGAUUAUAGCCUAUAGAAGAUAAAUAAAUAUUUUGCAUAAU